AUUUUUAAAAAUGUAUUUUGGUAAAGAGUUCCCAAUUAACAUUUCAAUCUGAUUCUGACUAGCAGAUUUAUAGGAUGUAUGUGAAUGACUUCUCUGAUCUGCUUUAACUCCCUCCUUUCCCAAAAGCUCAGAGAAUUGAUGUGAUCUGUCUAAAGCCACACAGCUCACGUGGCAGAGAAGACCACAUGUAGUGACUUAUUGUCCCCUAAGCUGUGUUCUUUCCUGUUUCUUUAAACAUUAAUGGAAGUUUAAUUUUGCUAGGCAGAAUUAUCUUGUUUGCCAAGAUGAAAUGUCUGUGCAUAAAUGACCUAAAAAAGGAAAGAGAGUAAACAUUUUAAAAAGAAAAGUCAUGUAGACUUAUCUACAAACCUGGGAGUUUGCAUGCAUGUAUGCCUAUGGUUGUGUAAUAAUGGAUUUUUUUUCCUCUAAUGGCUUUUUUUCCUCUUGUAAUUUAAAGUUAUACAAAGUGAUUUAAUUUUCUAUGAGGCAGGUGUUUAGAGAGAUGGGAGGGCAAUCAGUUAAUUUAUUAAGAGUACCCUAAGCACAGGUGAUGAAAGCAUUGUCGGCCACAUAUCAGCAAACAGGAAAAACCUGAAACUGAGAGGGUAUGAUCCAGGGUCACAUAGCUUAUCGUCUCCUAGCCAGAUCAGUGACCUUUUAGCUUCAUUAAGAACCAGAUUAUAACCAUGUAAUGGACAGUUGGAAAUGAUUUGGCUGAAGGCAUAGAUGGGAGGUUUAUCCAAUUUACAAAAGACACAGCUGAGAGGGAUGGCUAAUAUCCUGUCUGAUGGAGUCAGAAUAUAAAAAGAGCUUGACAGACUACGACUUUGAGCAGUCUCUAACAAGAGAAUUUUAUUAAGGAUGAAUAACAUUUGGUACUUUGGUCUAAUAAAUCACCUUAGCUUUGCAAGUCGUAGGAUGGGAGAGACAUGGCAAGAUACCCAGUAGAGAAUAAUCUGGGGUUAUUAGUGGACCACCAGCUCCAACUGUAUCCACAGGGUGAUGGGGCCACCAAACAAAGCACUUUUAAACUUCAAGGAGAGAAAAAUCCAAUGUCUAGACAGAGCUAGGAACAAUGAGGAGGACUUGCAGAGAAGACAACAGCUUCUUAACCACUUAAGCUGUCUCCAAGCUGAUGGUCAGUUGGCUGCCGGCACCUGUGAGAUUGUGACUCUGGACAGAGAUAGUAGCCAACCCCGAAGGACUAUUGCACGACAGACUGCUCGAUGUGCUUGUAAAAGAGGGCAGAUCGCCGGGACGACGAGAGCCCGGCCAGCCUGCGUGGACGCACGAAUCAUAAAAACCAAGCAGUGGUGUGACAUGCUUCCCUGUUUAGAAGGAGAAGGCUGCGACUUGUUAAUCAAUAGAUCAGGCUGGACCUGCACCCAGCCUGGAGGACGGAUAAAGACGACUACGGUCUCCUGACAGCUGCAGCAUGAGCGAGCGUGUGAUCUCCUGGGGACGACGGCUUUAGGCUCUGCAUGAGCUCCUUAUCUUAGUCAAGUUUCUCCCUCCGUGGAUCAUGGCCCGUUGUAUGUCCCUCCCCUCCACCGUCUGUUUCUCUGUAUCUCAUCAAAGACAGCCUCAUUCUUCGACCGAUGCCAUGCGCUAAAGUCUGUCUUGGCCAUCCAAGGAGCACCGAACUAGGGACCAGAGGGAGCAAAGAGAUGCUUGGGCAUUAGCAAUACCAAGUCCGUGAUGAGCGCCCAUCCCCGGGGUCCACUCAGCUGCUGGACUCAAUGUGACCCACGCGGUUUAACGGGAAGAGUCGCCUGCAGAGAAGAGUCCAUUCAGCCUUAGAGAAGACUGUUUUGUCUAUGGGGGGACACUCAGGCGCAAGAGGGAGUCUCUCCUCGUGCCCUGGACUGUCUGAGUCGCUUUUAUUUUCUUAUACUUUCAGUAUAUACAAUAGACCAAAGAGCAAAAUCUAUUUUAAAGAGGACACAAUCUUAUUGUUAAAGUUAUCUGGGUUAAAUUGUAGAGGGGAGGUCGGGGUGGGGGGAGGGAGCAGAGACAUGAAUGAAUCCUGUUGUCGGGGAGCGAGCUGGGCGGUUGCUGUCCAGCGGGCGUCUUUACAGAGGCGUCUUUACGGAGGGGACGCUGCAGUCCAUAGUCACAGGAACUGCACCUGAAGAAAAGAGUUGCCUCUAAAAGAAUACAGACAGAGCAUGGAGAGUCAGUAGCCGAUGAUGUUCUAGACUCAAGCAAACAGACUUCCAUAGAACACAGACUCGCCGCCACUGUGUAGCCACCCGCGCCGUGGCCGUGGCCCCUUUAUCCCUCUGUACUUAGAUUGACUUUAUCGUACUAAAAAUCAUUUUCCGUUUUAACCAGUUAAACAUGCCUCUUCUACCGUUCCAUUUUUGAUAGUUGGAUAAUCCAGUAUUUGCAAAGAGCAUGUUUGGUCUCCUGUGACCUCUGUCUCAUCCGAUGCACCAUUUAGCACCAGAAAGCAAAUUAAAGAAAAAAAAAGUAACACUUGUUUGAAAGAGAUCAUUAAAUGUAUUUUGAAAAUCCUAAAGUUAUAUAUUUAACAGUUUUUAUAUGUUGUAUAUUUGUAGAGAAUACUAUUUAACAAUUAACGUGGUAGCUCUCGCAGGCCUGAUGAACAGUCCGACUCCCACUGGGCUUUCUAAACCCGACAGUCCCGGGAGUGACGAUACCACACGGGAUAUGAAGCACGGCCAGGGAGGAUACUUUCGGAAAGUCACCAGUCCUGUUUAUAUCACAUAAAGGCAUCCAACCAUCACACUGGUAGAAGAUGGGGCUUCUUUUAGGUUUGUCUUUGGAAUUUGGGGAGGGGUCUCUCUCUCUACUGGUCAAAUUUGGUGUAAAAUAUUUUAAUCAUGGUUUUUCCAACUGAGUUACUCUCCCCUCCCCAUUUUCUUCCUCCUUUUGCCCAUGAGUCUAUUUUUAAGUUGGUUGCCAGUCCCUCUCCUGUGUCCCCAUCUUCCAAAGUCCUUAGCCUUAGGAUUAUUGGGUAGGGGAAAUGAUGUUACACUGGAGAGAAAAGUUUGGAGCUGGGUGAAUUCUGAGCUCUAAUACCUUUCUCUACUUACAGUGAGCAUGUGAUGAGAUCACAAGAGCUAAUGAAUCUCCAGCUCUGGUGUCCCCUUUUCCCCAGUGAUGAAUUGUAACCUGAUUCCCACAUCCUUUCUGAGUUUCCACUGUAGUAUACUACCUAUUAGUCCAAUUAAUAUUAGGAGUAUCUUAGUUCUAUGCUACUAAGAGAAAGCAUUUAGAGGAUGAUCAAGAAACCAUAGAGUAAAGCUCAAAAAGAACAUGUCCAUUUGAUUCAAGCCUGUUCCUGGGGGAAUUACAGACAGUAAUCAUGAAUUUAGUAAUAUUUCUGAAGCAAACCAGUGUAUAUGAUGCUUUUUUCUUUCCUUUUUCAAAUUGUAUAACAGGUCUGACCUGUAUCUGAAUAGCAGUUAGCGCCCUCACUCACUGGGUACUAAAUGCCGUGUAAUGCAGGUUGGCCCUCCUGCCCCAGAAAGGACUGACAAUGGGUUCCACAUGACCAAGAGUACUGGGAGAUGCAUUGACCCAUAGGUUCCCCAACCCAGACUGUCUCCUCCUUCCUCCCACCUCUGGUUGUUUCUUUCCGAAGAGAGUGUAGUCGCCUUAUUUAGCAAAGACCGAGAAAUUUAAGAUGUUACAACAUUUUCUGUUGCUUUACAGUAUUCAGUUUUUGUGUUGAUUCCGCUAAAUUAUGGAAAUAAAGAAAAAAAUCCUUUUAUAA